GCGUGGAUUCAGAGAUUUCACUCCUUCAGUAAAGCACAUAUUACUCUUCAAAAACCACCAUCUCCGCCAUAAUCGACCUCAGAUGUCGCUACAACCAAACGACCCCGCUCUGCAUCUCCUUACCGAACUAGAGAACGUUUUGCUGAUCGUUUUGGGUCGUCUCUAGAGUGUUUUGUGCUGUCCUAGUUGCACGAUAUAAUCCCAGCUAGCUCGUCAUGUAGCUGGCUAGCGAGUUUGUGAGCCGUUAACCGAGGCAUAUUAUAGUUCUACCCGAAGAAACUGAGAAGAAAGACAUGGAGACUUAAAAGGACAAGAAACUGAAUGUGGGAAGACAUGGAUUCAAAUGUAGAUAAUCAGGAAUCAGAGCACAGCCGAUUGUCUCAUCGUAGGGAUGGCAAACUCUCGGAAUCUUCUUUCCAAUCUCAGAAAAAGGAGAAAUACCAUGAUGACAUAGAGAGCUCAGCUGGGGAUUGUGCACGAAUCCGAACGCGAGAACUGGACGGAGACCCAGACCGUGAUCGUUGUUCAGAUGGAGAUCGCAGCAGUGCCUCUUUCUACUCUGAUGAUUAUGAAAAUGUCUCACACUCUGAUCAGUCUCUCUCGCCACGGUCAGCGUCUCCAUCAGCACACAAAAGAGGGAGAUCUAGAAAGAUGUCCAGCAGCCCCUUACAUCGAGCAGGUGUUCGUAAAGGUGUGCCACGGCAUCCCCCGCCCCACUCCCAACAUCCCCCAGGAGGCAUACGAUCCCAUAGCUUGAGUAAAGAUGCACCAUCCAAAGAUGUCGACAUGGUUACUAAGCGCAUGCUCUCUGCACGUCUGCUUAAGAUCAACGAGCUGAAGAACGCACUGUCUGAGCUACGUUUACAUUCGGAUGAGCUGCAGCGUGAAAACCGUUUAUUGCGACAGCUGCAACUGCGGCAAGAGAAAGCAUUGCAUCGCUACAACGACACAGAGAGUGAGAUUUCACAGCUGCUGUCUCGCCACAACAACGAGACUCAUGUUCUGCGCGAGAGGCUGCGACGCAGUCAGGAGAACCAGCGUGCAGCUGAGCACAGACUCAGGGAGACGGAUACCCAGCUCCAGCGCUGUCGAAGCCAGCUGCAGAAACUGCAGCGACUUGCAGACGACCAGAAUCUCGGAGAGAGGGAGGAACUCUCACGCAAACUUAUGCAUGCUCAAGCAAAACUGCAAGAGAGUGAACGCAGAGUGAAGGAAUUGGAGAAGAACACUGAGUUGAGUAGCGGGAGCUUUCAGAGGCAGCUAGCUAAUGAGGGGAGAAAAACUCAAGAUGCCCAACAGGAAGUUAAAGCACUGCAGGAGGAAGUGGAGAGACUUUGCACUAAACUAAAGGAGAAAGAAAGGGAGCUGGAUGCUAGGAACAUCUACUCUAACAGGAUGGUGAAAGCUUCUUCUAAGAAAGAAGUAGAUAAUGGCAGCAAGAGGAAAGACACCAGUACAACCAGAACUAAAGCUGUACAGACUGAGGAAAGGACAUCCUCAGUGGAUUUCCCCUCGCCUCCUCCAGCUCUUAGCAAUGAGCUCCCACCUGAUGACCAAAGUGAUGAUUACCUCUCUCUGAAGGUUCGAAAGCCUACUGGGAAUCACAGGGUAAAAAAGCAGGAUCAGCAAGGCAGAAAGCAGAGACAGAGAGAAGUAAAGGACUGGAAGAUCCAAGAUUUAUGGAGAGAGAGGGAGAAAGAAAGGGAGAGGGAAUCAGCAGUGGAACAUACAAGAGAGGAGAAAUCAAAAGAGAUACCACAAGACAGAGAAAGAGAAAUGGAGCUACUGAAAGACAGGGUGAGGCAAAGACUACUAGAUCAACAGCUCAACUCGCAUGAGAAGAACUCAAAUGGACACAGAAAUGGUCUGCACAGAGAGGAAGAGGAUUGGAGGAUUGGCCUAUCUGAUUCUCGGAAGGAGGAAGAGAUCAGGAAGCAUUGUGAACUGGAAGAGGAAGAACUUAAAGUGAGAAAUCAGGAAAUCCAUGUGGUCAAUCAAGAGCGAGCUGAAGAGGAACGUCAGCGCAAGGAGCAACUAUUGGCGAAGAUGCGAGAGAUUGACAUGCAGACUCAAGGCCAGGACUCUGACUUCUUUUCAGACGAGACGGGAAGUGUCCGCUCUCCACCACGGUUGUCCGAGCAGCGAAACCAGAGCGGUAUUUUUAAAUUAACAGACCCAGAUGAGAACCUAAACAAGCUUGGGAGCGGGAAAAGAGCGGCUGGUCUCCGAGCACAGCGACCUAGUGAGGAUCUCGACCUUGCCUUUAGCAGCUACGCCCCAUCUUUCGGUAAAUCUGCUCCCCGGGGUGGUUUGGGCUCACGGAAUGCAAAUCAGACCUCAAACUCACAGCCUCCCCGAGAGCUGGAUGGAGGGUUGGAUCUCGGUGGUAUUGUGAAAGAGAGGAAGUCAAACCUCAUGCAGCAGCUUUUCGGGUCCACUGCCACGCCUCCACUUUCUGACCCACCCAGCAGAAUGGAGAUCCUGAGCCCCCCUCUUACGGCCCAGCUCCCAUCAGGACCAAUGAGUGGACGCAGCAGGGACACAGACACACCAACUGUACUAAACACCAAUUCUCUCCUCUACAAUAGAAGCACUCUCCAAGUCUCUGAGAGCCGACCCGCAGUUAGGGCCAUUACAUCAUUUGAUGAUGACAUAGAGGAAGUUACACUCUGAAUGGGAUGCCAUUAUAAACACUGGGUAUGAAAGAAUCAGUUUCUUGAAAACAGGAAAAGAGCAUCCAAAGACCCCCUUGGUAUUGUGCUCCUUUAUGAAUAAUCUCUGAUUAAAGAAUACUUAGUUUGUUUACCAUGCCACUUUCUUUACCUUCCAUGCUCUGGGUGAAUCAUAGAGGAAGUUUCACUAUUUUCACUAGUAAGUUAUGCAAGGGAAAAGCUCAUUUCAUGCCUGUGUGCAGGGUCCAAAUUUUACAGUCGCCAAGCACCAAAUGUAAGUUAGAACUGUAACCAGUUAGCUGGGAACAUUAUUAGGAGCCUCAACAUGAUACAUGGUUUAAAGACUGGAUUACACUCCCCAACUUUAACCCCAAUUUGCUAUUGGGAUGUGUUACUUGUCGACUCCAGUCAGCAGAUUUUGGGCCAGUUGGAGUUGACAGAUUUCACAGAAUAUUUUUAGUGUAUGAUAGUACAGACUCCGAUUUCUUACCCUCAAACUAUGAUUACACUCACUUUAGAGGGGACUAUAGAAGAAAAUCUAGCAGUGUAUGAUGCUCCAAAACUCAAAUCUGAAGUCAUGCGUGCAUGCUGGUCAUACAAAUGGAGAUGGAGAACAAGCACUUGAAGUUGGACUGUAAAAAUAAUAGUCUCACAAUAAUGUAAGUGAUUCAAAUCAAAGUCAUAAAAACCACCUAUCUAAGAAAGCAUCUGACAGGACAUGGGAAUGUCCACUAAACAUCUUUUUACCUCAGUGAAAAAUCUGAGGUUUACCUAGAAUGACUAAAGGUUUUUUUUCCAUGUGAUGACAUGUGGAAUAAUCCUUAUAUUCCAUUGCACAAAAACAAAAAUAUAUCAACACAGUCAUGAUGUUUCUAAAGGUUUUUAUGGCAGUUGCAAUUUCACUGUAGACUGGUUCAUUUUAAAUAUGAUGCUGCGUUUCACUCGAUGAUCUGCACUGUUUGCCACAAAUGUACAAAAAAAAAAAAAAAAAAAAAAAUUAAAUUGCCAUAAAUACAGAAAAAGAUAUAUAUUUUUAAGACAAAUUAUGUGAAAUACAGUUUCAUGGGUGGUCAGAUACAGUAAUGGCCAGUACAUUUUCUUAGUUCAUUCACCUUUGGCAGAUUCAUUUGGAACCUGCCAGUGUGUGUUGUUAUAAUUGCUGAGAAACUUCCUUGCAUACCACAUGGAAAGCAAUUAUUGUUAAUAUUGUUUUGAGAUUUUCUUUGGAAACAUUUACUAUAAGAACUUGAUAAGUAGGAGGUAGUGUGCAUUAGCUGGUAGUCUACUGUAAGUUACAGUUUAUGUGUUUGUCUGUGAGAGGAAAAGCUCUAACCCUUCAGUAAUGAUAUGACUGUGGCAAAGCUCUGUCCUCUCACAGAGCCACUUUGUGGCUUGGCUGACUCAUCUUAAGACUGUGUCCUCUUUGAACCAGUCCUCCCACACAGCACUUUUUUAGUCAUUCUCCUCCACAUCUUGCAUUAGAUGAAUGUCAGUGUCAAUUAGUUUAUGUGACAAAGGAUAGUGUUUGAGAGACAGCUGAGUUUGUAGUUUUCAGAUAAAAUAAUGAGCCAAAUACUCAGAGUCCGUUCUGUUGUUUUUGUGUUUAUGCACACUGUGUGAUCACAUUUGGGUUAUAAUAUUAAUUAAACCAUUGAGAAAUUUGAGUAAAAUAGAAUUCUCUGCAGAUGUAGUGUCUUUGUUUGCUUGGUUACACAUUGUGAGUUGUUUUAAUUGUUUGAUUUAUCAAGUAAUUAAAUCGAACAUAUGUAAUGGACAAAUAUAGUUUACUAGGUUUAUACAAUUCUAGUGAUUUGGUCUGUAUUACUACAGUGUCUCAGGGGUAUGUUGAACCAACUCAUAUACUGAGAGACCUCUUGUAAAAUUUAAAGGGAUAGUUCACCCAAAAA